CCAGUAUGGAUGGUUAUGGACUGUGGUAACGGUAACGGCAAGUAUAGAUGGCGCUCGUUUUCGAGGCACAAAUUUAAGACGUGUUCAGCAUGGUUCAGCAACACGUGUUAUAAAUUGCAUUCUUAACCUUAAAUUGAAAAAUCGUUAUUGUAUUUAUCUAUGCACUAUUAUCGGUUUAACUAUGACAGCCAAAAAGCAAUUAAAACGUAAAAGAACGGAAAGUACAAACAAGGAAAAUGUACCAGAAACAAAGGUUUUACCAGCAAAAAGAAUGUCAGAUGAACCACCACCAAAGAAGGUAAAAUGGAUUAAUAAACAGAGAGUGUUAGUAUUUGCUACCAGAGGAAUCAGUUUUAGACAUCGUCAUCUUAUGGAUGAUAUAAAAACACUUAUGCCUCAUCAUCGUACCGAAUCUAAAAUGGAACGUACUAAAAACUUACAAGUAGUUAAUGAAAUGUGUGAGAUGAAAAAUUGUAAUAAAACAGUAUUAUUUGAAGGUAGAAGGAAAAAAGAUCUAUAUUUGUGGUUUUCUAAUAUUCCUACAGGACCUUGUGCAAAGUUUCUUGUUGAAAAUAUCUAUACUAUGGGAGAAUUAAAGAUGACUGGAAACUGUUUAAAAGGAUCUCGGCCUUUAUUAUCAUUUGAUGAAAAUUUUAAUACAAAACCACAUUAUAGCCUGUUAAAAGAAUUGCUUGUUCAAAUAUUUGGUGUUCCUAAUCAUCAUCCUAAAAGUCAACCAUUUUUUGAUCAUGUAUAUACAUUUAGUGUAUUAGAUAAUAGGAUAUGGUUUAGGAAUUUUCAAAUUUUGACAGAAGAUGGUGGUUUAGCUGAAAUAGGCCCAAGAUUUGUAUUAAAUCCAAUAAAAAUAUUUGCUAACAGUUUUGGUGGAGAAGUACUUUGGGAUAAUCCAAACUAUAUUUCUCCUGCUAAGUUUCGACAAUCUAUAAAGAAAAAAGCUGCAGGUAAAUAUAUAAACAAGGUAGAACAGAAAACAGCGAAAGAACUUAAUAAACCAAAAGAAUCUUAUUCAUUAAAUCCAAUGGAUGAAAUAUUCCAAAGUGAUCCAUUAGAAAAAGCAUUAGAAUUGAAGAAGAAAGAAAUGGAAGUGUCAAACAAUACCAGUGAAACAAAAAAAGUAAAAAAAAGUUUUAAACAAAAGAAACAUUUAAACAAAAAAAUUGGAGUAACGAAUUCUAAAAAGAGAAUAAAAAAAUAGAAAAUUUGGUGUUACAUAAUAAUGUUUAUGAAAAUUCUCAAUUUUUCGUGGACAAUAAAUUUUUAUUUAUCGUUGUCAUUACAGUACAUGUAAUAUUACAAAUACAAUUAUGCUUGUGAGAUUAGCAAUUCGUAAUUUAUGUUGCAUACACUUAUAAUUGUACAAUUCAAAUACUGAAAAAAAUACUAAAAAGAAAUAUCUUUCUUUCUACAAAAAGCAGUUAAGUACUUCUUAGGCUGGUUUUAUUUUAUAAAAAUAUAUGUAGCUAAAAUUUAAAAAAUACAUGAUUAAACUUUAUCUUUUGUACACGUCGGAA